AUGACUACCAACGGAUGUGUACGCCACAACUCUCCCUAUGUUUUCCCUUAUCAUUCAUUCUCUUUCGCUCAAAGUUCAUUCAUUGAGUCAACAAGUCAUCUGAGAUCCGCAGUGACGAAGCGUUCGGCGGCGCACAAUGUUCAUGAUUUUUCUAGCACUUUCGUGAGUGUUCCAACCUGCGUGCGUAUGAACACCAGCUGUGUUCAUUGAAAUAUAAAAAGAGAGUGGCUUCAUGCGUCGCAGCAGCAGUUAAUCAGUACCAGACGAACAGUGAAAGUAAAACUUGCGAUACGCAAACAGAGUGCUAUAUUGAUCGUUUCAACUCAUAGAGAUUGUGAAAAGUUCUUUCAAGUGAGCAAGUUUGUCAGUGCAUCAGAAGAGCAUGUCGCUCAUUCCGAUUGUGUUCCGUGACUGGUGGGAUGACUGCUGGGACACCCCACUGCGUACGUCCCAGCUUUUGGACCAGCACUUCGGCAGUGGAAUCAGUGCUGAUGAUUUGCUAACGGCAGUUACUUCCGCGGCUGCUGCUAGAUCAGCAUUGCAGAACCAGAAACGUUCGCGCUACAACAGACCAUGGCGCAAUUCAAGCCUUGCUGCUCGCCAUGAUUCCGGUUCAACGGUUAAAGUUUCCGACGACAAGUUCCAAAUCAACCUCGACGUGCAGCAAUUCGCACCGGAGGAGAUCUCGGUCAAGGCUACGGACAACAGCGUCAUCGUCGAGGGUAAGCACGAGGAGAAACAGGACGAACAUGGAUACAUCUCCAGACACUUUGUUCGUCGCUACAUGCUCCCGGCAGGACACGAUGCCAACCAGGUUGUUUCGUCGCUCUCGUCGGAUGGCAUUUUGACGGUUACUGCUCCGAAGAAGGCAUUGCCGGCACCGGAAGGACCGAAGGCGAUUCCGAUUGUCCAAACUGGCAAACCGGUGAAGAAGCUACCGGAAGCUGGCGAGAAGAUGGCAGUUGAAUGAAGGAUCGAACCGAGAAGAUUGAGGCAUCAUUGAAAAACACUACUACCUCACAGUAAGUGCUGCAGAAAAUUUUCAAAAAUUAAACUAUGCUUUCAUUGUAAACUUGUACCAAACACUAACAUCGCUGUCAAGAAAUCGAGUUUCUUUAAUUUAAAUAUAUAAUAGCUUGCAUUACGUAAUAUCGUAGCUUAAGUUUCUAUACUUACUUCUAUACAAUUUACAUACAUAAAUAGUUUAAGGAUUAUAAACUCAUUAUAAGCAUUUGUAACUAUAGUUAAGUCAAGGAAUUGAAUUGUUUGUUCUCAUCGGAAUGGUUUAAUAAAGCUUUUCAAGUUGGACAAGCCUAAAACAAA